AUGCUUCUGCUAGACUACCAGAAUGUGCUCAUCCAAUCUAUUCUGACCGAACGCUUCUCCGGCGCCCCUCCACAAUCGAUUGACCAAGUGGUAUCAGACUUCGACGGCGUGACCUUCCACAUCUCGACCCCGAAUACCAAAUCCCAGAUCCUCAUCUCCCUACAGAUCAAAUGCUUCCGCGAACUCGUGCAAUAUGGCGCCGAAACCGUGCUACAGCGAGAGUACGGUAGUUACAUUACUGAGACCGAGGCGGGCUACGACUUCAGCAUCCUGAUUGACCUGGACAGCCUGCCCGGCACACCCGAGGAGCGGGACGAGCUCGUCCGGCGGAUCUCCUUGCUGAAGAGAAAUGUGAUGGCCGCGCCCUUCGAGAAGGCGUUCGACGAGUUCUCCGCCCUGGCCGAAGAAGCCGCAAAGUACACGUCCGAGUCUGCUCCCCAAGGCGUCCAGGAAGGCGGCGAAGUCAUGUCUGUGCAUUACCGCGAGGAAGAGGCUAUCUACAUCAAGGCCUCGCACGACCGCGUCACCGUUAUCUUCUCCACAUUGUUCACCGACGCCGUUGACAAGAUCUUCGCCAAGGUCUUCCUGCAGGAAUUCGUCGACGCCAGACGGAGAGCCAUCCAGAACGCUCCGCAGGUCCUCUUUAGGAGUGAUCCGCCUCUGGAGCUGCAGGGUUUGCGGGGCGUUGGGAAGACCGGGGAGAAGGGUGAGGUUGGCUUUAUUACUUUUGUUCUCUUCCCGCGCCACCUGGCCCGCCAACGCCGCGAAGAUGUUAUCUCGCACAUCCAGAUCUUCCGUGACUACUUCCACUAUCACAUCAAAGCCUCGAAAGCGUACAUCCACUCGCGGAUGCGACGGAGGACAGCUGACUUCUUGCAAGUUCUCAAUCGCGCCAGACCAGAGACAGAAGAACGGGAAAGGAAAACAGCUAGCGGCAGGACAUUCAGGGUCCAGGCCUAA